AUUGAUGGCCCCGCCCCAGCCAGUGUUGGACAAGAACAAGAAGAUCAUCCCCUUGCUGGACCCGUACGCCGAGCAGGCGUUGGACAAGGCUUAUGCCGAACAGUAUGCCUGCGCCCCUUGGUUCGCCCCUGGCAUCGAGGAGAAGCGGUACUGCGCCGAGGCGGACAGCAUUAGCAUUGUGCUGAAUGUUCAGGGAUACCCCGAUCCACAAAUCGUCUGGAAAUUCCGCGGAGUGGACAUUGACGUGACGGACCCGUUGUGUCGAUGCAAAAUUCAUACCUAUGGAGGUUCCGAAACGAUCCUAACGAUUUCUGGAUUCAACAAGUCCAACGUCGGCCAAUACCAGUGCUUGGCCACCAACCAGUACGGUGACGCCCAGCAGAACAUCUUUGUCGACUUGGCGACACGCCCCGAAUUCGUACAACCCAUGUCGAACCGAACGUUCGGCGCGGGACAACCACUAAAACUCGAGGUGCGCGUUGAAGGCAACCCGGCACCGACGGUCAAGUGGAUGAAGGAAUGGAAGCCAGUCGUCGGGUCAUCACGGGUCAAGCUCGGCUUCGAGGAGCCUUGCACGCACACGUUGACCAUUGCGGAACCAAUGGGGCGCGACUCCGGCGUGUACAGCUGCGUCGCAUCCAACGAGGCCGGCCAGAGCACGUCAUCGGGAAAUGUGACCGUAGAAGAAGAAGACCCCGACUCGACGCAGUCAUUGCCCAAAUUCAUCCGCGAUCGGUCGACGUCGCGGGCACGGCGGAGGGCCGCACUUCUUGAGGAGGACGAGCCAGUCGAAGAUGCUCCUGCCGAAUCCACUGAAGAA